GGGGAAAUUUCAGACCUACGCGGGCUUGGAAUUCCGCCGGCUAUUUCUCAUUUCCACUUAUCCUCACCUAGAUGUGCGGGUUCCGGUGAGCUGUGCCUAUCUGCCCAACUGAUUGAGGAUCCGCAUGGUCAUUAUCCUGGCGUCGUCUUCAGCAGAGACGAAAACGAGAGAUAUAGAGAAGGGUGUGAAUCGGAUGAUUUAACGGAACACGCACUAGGAAGUUUACCGUGUGCAACAUGAUUUGCUAUUCAUCUAUUUAUUUAUUAUUGCUUCUUUAUCUCGCUUUGGUAGUUUUUCCGAUUCCUCUAUGUUUUGAUGUUCUUCUUGCACCUUCUGUAGAUAGCUCUCUGUGAUUUCUCGCCUCACACGUUUAACAGAGGUAGCACCGGUGCGAGAUCCAUUUCACUGAGGGGGUGAAUUUCCUUCAUUGAUGAUUUGGAUUAUUAAGAUGUUUGCUUCUAUGGUUUAUAUAUAUGAGGAAGCUUUUCCAUUUUCAUUGUCGAGAGUGUAUUUUGUACUGAACGUUUGUCUGGAUAAUUGGACAAUGGUUUCAUGUUUGCUAUGUGCUCUAUAAAAUUCUA